AUGGCAACGAAGAGCUUUUCCUUACCAGACUUGAAGUUUCAGAAGAUUUUAGAGAAGCCAAUGGAGGAGAAAAGGCAGAAGUUUAAGGUAAAGAUGAUGCUUCCUUUCGACGUGUAUUGCGAACAUUGUGGCUUCUGCAUGGGAAAGGGCAAUAGAUUUGCAGCAGUGAAGGAAGAGGCGGGAUGGGAAACGUUAUUUGAGAUACCCAUAUGGAGGUUCAAAUUCAGCUGUUAUUCAUGUUCCGCUCCUUUUGCGAUCAAGACAGAUCCUGGCCGAUAUGACUACGUUGUCGAGGUUUUUGUCAUGGCAACGAAGAGCUUUUCUUUACCAGACUUGAAGUCUCAGAAGAUUUUAGAGAAGCCAUUGGAGGAGAAAAGGCAGAAGUUUAAGGUAAAGAUGAUGCUUCCUUUCGACGUGUAUUACGAACAUUGUGGUUUCUGCAUGGGAAAGUGCAACAGAUUUGUAGCAGUGAAGGAAGAGGCUGGAUGGGAAACGUUAUUUGAGAUACCCAUAUGGAGGUUCAAAUUCAACUGUUAUUCAUGUUCCGCUCCUUUUGCGAUCAAGACAGAUCCUGGCCGAUAUGACUACAUUGUCGAAUUUGGUGCAACCUUGGUUCCUAAAAACGUUAAGCCUUAG